UUGUGAGUCUCUGUGAAUCAUAUAUCAAGUCAAUAGAUUCGAUUCUUUUCUUGUGUUGUUGUUAAAAAGAAAUCUGCUAUUAAAAAACGGAUCACGGUACGUGGAUAUCUGGAUAUCUAGUGGGGAGUGCAGAAAAAUUAAUGAAUAUACAGGUACACAUAAAAACGUCCUCCCGCACACCACCAACGCGACGCUGUUGAAAACUCUGCAACAGUUCGAAAAAAAGAAAAGUGAAGAAGUACCCAACGGAGAGUGAGAGCAUCAUAUAGUAGUGGUUGCUUGAGAUGUCGUCGUCGUUAUCAACAUCGGCCGAAAAUGUCUCUCUAGGAGCUGGUUGUGGCGGAACUGCCAGUGGCGAUAACUCGCAGGAUGGUGGUGGUUCCAGCAUGUGCCUUGAGUUGGCAUUGGAGGGCGAACGCUUGUGCAAGGCUGGCGACUGUCGGGCUGGUGUGGCAUUUUUUCUGGCCGCCAUUCGGGCAGGUACUGAUGACCUUCGGACUUUAAGUGCGAUUUAUUCACAACUGGGCAACGCCUACUUCUAUUUGGGCGACUAUUCAAAGGCCAUGCAGUACCAUAAAUUAGAUUUGACCCUGGCCCGGUCGAUGAACGAUAAAUUGGGAGAGGCCAAAUCGUCCGGAAAUCUUGGCAAUACCUUCAAAGUAAUGGGCCACUUUGAUGAAGCGGUUAUGUGUUGUGAUCGUCAUUUAACAUUAGCCAGACAAUUGGGCGAUAAACUUUCCGAAGGUCGAGCCUUGUAUAAUUUGGGAAAUGUUUAUCAUGCAAAAGGUAAACACAUGGGCCAGAGGAAUCCAGGAGAUUUCGGUGAUGAUGUCAAAGAAGCUUUGACAAAAGCUGUGGAAUAUUAUCAGGAGAAUUUAAAAUUGAUGCGCGAGUUGGGAGAUCGAGGAGCUCAGGGCAGAGCCUGCGGAAAUUUGGGCAACACCUAUUAUCUAUUGGGUGAUUUUCAGGCAGCCAUUGAGCAUCAUCAAGAACGCUUACGAAUAGCCCGAGAAUUUGGUGAUAAAGCAGCCGAGCGGAGGGCCAACAGCAACUUGGGCAACUCACAUAUAUUUCUGGGACAAUUUGAAGAGGCUGCCGAUCAUUACAAACGAACUUUGGCUCUGGCCAUUGAAUUGGGUGAACGUGAAGUAGAGGCCCAAUCUUGCUAUAGUCUUGGUAAUACAUAUACGCUUUUGCGUGAAUUCGCCACCGCCAUCGAUUACCAUCAACGUCAUCUGGGCAUUGCUCAAGAGCUGGGCGAUCGCGUUGGUGAAGCACGUGCCUGCUGGUCGCUGGGCAAUGCACAUUCGGCCAUAGGCAAUCACGAAAAAGCUUUAAAAUAUGCUGAAUCACAUUUGCAAUUGGCCAAAGAAUUACAAGACCCGGUGGGAGAGAGUACAGCGCGGGUGAAUAUUUCGGAUUUACGUAAAUUGCUGGGAUUGCCCGAGGUGGCAGCAUCACCUGUCGAAGGUGAUGAUCGCUCAAGUAAUACUGAUUUGUCGCGUAGCAGUGAUGUGGCAUCGGAUGCAUCGGAUAACUCACAAGGACGUAUGGUUCGCGUGCGACGUCAAAGUAUGGAACAAUUGGAUUUAAUUAAAAUCACUCCCGAUGGCAAACGUCAACAGAAACAAGAUGGCAAUAAGUCACGUCCACCCAUGGCCAAAGCACAAGAUGAUGAUUUCUUUGAAUUGUUAUCUCGUUCGCAAUCAAAACGCAUGGAUGAUCAGCGUUGUUCGAUUAAAAUCAAUAAACACAGUCAUCAGGGUCCAAACGCCUCGGCUUCCUCUGUGCCAGCUGCUGCUGCAGCUGGAGGUGGUGCAGCAACACGCAAACCAUUGCAACAACACAAUUCGAUACAAAACAAUAGCACAGCCUAUGCCAAUGGGGGUGGUGGUGAAGCGGUUAGUGGGGGAGCUGUUGGUGGUCUACCAGGUCUGAAAACCAAUGCUAGCAAUAAUAAUGUGGCCAAUGCAACGUCAUCCACAACAUCCUCAUCGGGACAUCCACAGCUGAUGCGUAGUGCAACGGCCACCGAAAAAGUCGAUGAUGACUUUUUGGAUAUGUUAAUGCGUUGCCAAGGCUCCCGCCUAGAGGAACAACGCUCUGAAUUGCCCAGACCAAAUGUACUCAUUGAUGCUGAAGCACAACCACGCAGUAGACCUGCAGGACGGGGUACCACAGUGCCCGAUGAGGAUUUCUUUUCAUUGAUAAUGAAAGUACAAAGUGGACGCAUGGAAGAUCAGAGAGCAGCUAUACCCAUAACAAGGCGAGAUGGUCAUAAUGCCGCUGCUGGAGGAAGUGGUGGCAGCAACAGCAGCGCUGGCGCCAGUGUUGGUGGUAGUGGCUCUUCGAACAAGUAAUUUUUCAUAACACGUAGAUAGUCUUGUACGUAAUCCAAUCCUUCCCCCUCCUCUCCACUGGCCUCACUCGCGCUACCAGGCCCCAUUUGUAUCUCCAAAGUGAUUCCAUUUUAUUGUCAUACAACAAAAAAAAAAAAAAAGAAAAAAUUCUAAGCUAUAGAUCAGCUCCCUUAGUUUUGGUCGUUUCUUAAUUUUAUUUUAACUUUAUACAUUCAAUUAUUUAACAAUUCCACAUUAUUUAUUAGAGCAAAGCAAAUGCGUUAUAACCUAGUGUUACUUUCAAGUUGUAACAAAAUCUAUAAUAUUUAUAUAUAUAUUUGCACUUUAUUCUAUGUUUCUAAUAUUCGAAAUGAGAGUGUAAAGUGAAAUGAAAACUGGCAUUUAUCUAGGCGCAUUUCAUAUCAUUUCUCUAUGCAAUUACUUUUAACUCUAUCCAUCACUCCCGUAUACACCCUUUUUUACACAUCCUAUUUCUCAGAAUACACUGCUCCAUCAUAUUAUUGUAAUAACAAGAAGAAGAAGAAGAAGAAGAAAAACAAAAAAACAACACAAAUAUUUAUAUACUCCUUUUUAGAAUUUAUAUGAAAUUUACAACUUUUUCAAAGCAAAAGCAAAAUAUAUAUAUAUAUAUGGAAAAAAAACCAAAAAACAAAAUAUUCUUUUUCUAGUUAAAGAAAAACUAAAAUGAAAACAAAUCUUAGAUAAUAGUCAAACAAAAAGAAGGUCAGAACUUACACAAUUGCCCCAAAUAAGGAACUUCAUCCCUCCAAACAUUUGGAAGUGACUUUCUCACUCCCUCCCAGAAUAGUCACUUUUUAGGUCCUUUUGAAUGAUAGUUUGUAGAUAUUUCAUGAUUUGAAACAACAAAAUACAUUACUAUCGGAAUUCUGCCAUUCAUGUUCCGCUAAUUAGUUUCUCAUAAACAACUGUUAUUGUUUCAAAUUUAAAAAUAGAUUUUUUGUUGUUGUUUUGAACUCUAACUCAAAAAACACCACACAAGUGAAUAUAUGUUUACUUAGCCUCCUGUAAUGAAGAAAGGCGGGUAGCACAGAGGGAAAGCAUACGCCUCACAAUCGUAAGGUUGGCUGUUCAAAUCCCAGUCAGGGAAAAUCUUUGCAAAUAAAAUCUUCGACUUUAAACUCGAUUCGAAAAAGACAUAAAUUAGAAAGAGAAAUAAAAAUAAGGCUCACUCUAACUGGUAAAAAAAACAUCAGGCCAAAAAAAAAAAAAAUAUUUAUUUUUAUUAAUGACGUCGAUAAUCGAAUUUAAACUUUUUUUUAGUCCCUAUUUAGUCACUCAUGGGUAUAUAUCGCCAAGUGGCACGUUUUCUCCCGUACCGAGACACUAAUUAGUGUAAAAAAUGAUAUCGCCUGAGAUUGUUUUUAACUUCCUUGAGUGCAGAUUUAGUAACUCGCACGAUAGAAAAUGUUUGGAGGGGUAUACAGCAUAGCCACUACACACAUACAUACAUACAUACGUUCUCUAAUUAACUCUAAACAAAACAUUUACAUAACAGUAAACAAACAACAAACAAAAAGAAGAUGAAUAAACCAAACCAAAAAAAAAAAAAUGCAAACAAAAAACGAAACAAAAACCCUAAAGGGAUGUAAAAAGGUCAAGAAAUAUAAUUGAUUGACCUUUUAUAUCAUUUCUACUCGAAACAAACUAAAGAAAGGUUAUAUCAAUGUGACUUCCAUAUAGUUCUCUUUUUCUAUUAAAAACAAAAA